UUUAUUUUUUCCCUCUGCCAUGAGCCAGGUUUGGAAUUAAAAUGCUCUGGUAGCAGGAGUGGAGUCUAUAAACUGAUAGAAACCAUAUAGAAAUCGAUAUUACUGGUUCCUCCAAUAGCCGGGUUUYGUUUCUUGGAUAUUAAGUUGCAAAUCUGAAGAGAUGGCAUUUCUGGCAGUGAAGGUGUUGAUUGGGAUAUUUAUUUACUUUAGCAGCGUAAAAGGAUCUUCCCAGCCUCAAGCAAGGGUGUUCUUAACAUUCAAUGAGCUGCAAGAAACGAAGACCUCWGAGUAUCACAGGAUAUCCCACAGUCCCCUGGAUUACAGGAUAUUAUUGAUGGAUGAAGAUCAGGAUCGGAUCUACGUGGGGAGCAAAGAUCAUAUUCUCUCUUUGAAUAUUAACAAUAUAAGYCAGGACCCCCUCAGUAUUUUCUGGCCAGCAUCAGCAAACAAGGUUGAAGAGUGCAAAAUGGCUGGCAAGGAUCCUACGCACGGCUGUGGAAAUUUUGUGCGCGUGAUCCAAUCGUACAACCGCACCCACCUCUACGUGUGCGGCAGCGGCGCCUUCAGCCCCGUCUGUGUCUACGUCAACAGGGGACGCAGGUCUGAGGAACAAAUCUUCAAGAUCGACUCCAAGUGUGAAUCAGGAAAGGGACGCUGUUCUUUCAACCCUAACGUGAACACGGUGUCUGUCAUGAUCAAUGAAGAGCUUUUUUCAGGAAUGUAUAUUGAUUUCAUGGGGACAGAUGCUGCCAUUUUUCGGAGUCUGACCAGGAGGAAUGCAGUGAGGACUGACCAGCACAAUUCCAAGUGGCUGAGUGAGCCUAUUUUUGUGGAUGCUCAUGUUAUCCCAGAUGGCACUGACCCCAAUGAUGCCAAAAUCUACUUCUUCUUCAAAGAAAGACUCACAGACAACAGCGGCAGCACAAAGCAAAUUCAUUCAAUGAUUGCAAGAAUAUGCCCRAAUGACACAGGUGGUCAGCGCAGUCUCGUGAACAAGUGGACAACUUUCUUGAAAGCAAGACUUGUGUGCUCAGUAAUGGAUGAAGAUGGAACAGAAACGUACUUCGAUGAAUUAGAGGACGUUUUUCUUCUAGAGACAGAUAACCCCAGAACAACACUCGUGUAUGGAAUUUUUACAACGUCAAGUUCCAUAUUUAAAGGCUCAGCUGUGUGUGUGUAUCAUCUGUCUGACAUCCAGACUGUGUUCAAUGGACCAUUUGCACACAAGGAGGGCCCAAACCACCAGCUGAUUCCAUAUCAGGGCAGAAUUCCCUACCCACGACCUGGCACUUGUCCAGGAGGAGCCUUCACACCCAACAUGCGAACGACCAAAGAGUUUCCAGAUGAUGUUGUGACCUUCAUCAGGAACCACCCUUUGAUGUUUAACCCCAUUUAUCCCAUACACAAGAGGCCGUUAAUCAUCAGGAUUGGAGCUGACUACAAAUACACCAAGAUUGCUGUGGAUCGAGUGAACGCUGCCGAUGGAAGAUACCACGUCUUGUUUCUUGGAACAGAUCAAGGAACAGUACAAAAAGUUGUUGUCUUACCCACCAACUUCUCUGCAAGCGGAGAGCUCAUUUUAGAAGAGCUGGAGGUUUUUCAGGGCAAUUCUCCUAUAACAACAAUGAAGAUUUCAUCUAAAAAGCAACAGCUGUAUGUAAGCUCAGAUGAAGGGGUCACCCAGGUGUCCUUGCAUCGCUGCCACAUCUACGGCACCGCCUGCGCCGACUGCUGCCUCGCCCGCGAUCCCUACUGCGCCUGGGAUGGCAGCUCCUGCUCCAGGUUUUAUCCCACAGGGAAAAGGAGGAGUCGUAGACAAGACGUUAGACAUGGAAACCCUCUGACUCAGUGCCGAGGUUUCAACCUGAAAGCAUACAGAAACGCUGCAGAAAUAGUUCAGUAUGGAGUGAAAAACAACACCACCUUUCUGGAAUGCACACCUAAAUCUCCUCAGGCUUCUAUUAAAUGGCUGCUACAGAAAGACAAUGACAGGAGGAAAGAGGUGAAGCUGAACGAGAGGAUCAUCGCAACUGAGCACGGGCUCCUCAUCYGCUCGGUGCAGGACAGCGACCGAGGGCUUUACCACUGCAUCGCCACAGAGAACAGCUUCAAGCAGACCUUGGCAAAGAUCAACUUCAAAGUGCUGGACUCRGAGAUGGUGGCUGUCAUGAGUGACAAGUGGUCCCCUUGGACCUGGGCCAGCUCGGUGAGGGCDCUGCAGUUCCACCCCAAGGACUUUGUGGGAGCUUUCAGCCACUCGGAGAUGCAGAUGAUCAACCAGUACUGCAAAGACAGCAGGCAGGCAGGGCAGCAGAGGGAAGAAUCCCAGAAGAUGAGAGGGGACUACAGCAAACUAAAGGCCCUUAUCAAUAGCAGAAAAAGUAGAAAUAGAAGGAAYMAAUUACCUGGAUCUUAAUUUAAUUUUGUAGYAAUAGAUAUUUUCRUCCUCAAUGUAGGGGGCUUAUAUUUGUCUAUUGAGAACAAAUUUGUGCAAGUCUGAUAAAAAAUUAAGUGAAAAUCCAGCAAGCCUCAGAAAAGAUSUGUCUCCCAAUGAAAUGCAGUGUAACCUAACUAAAGAAAUAACUCAGAGCCUUUUCUUUCCCAGGUGCUUAGUGACUCUAGGCUGGGCUCUGUCUUAGAAGCAGCACUGGGUAUUCAUCUUAAGCCAAAUUCACCUUUAACAUCACAGUAUUUACAGCCAAAUAGACAUUUUUACAAAAUCAGUGCAUUGUCUUGCAACUCUGGAAGUAUCCCACCUAGACUGGUGGUGAAAGAAUCUGGGUUAAGAUGAUACUUAGAGUAGGAUGGUACUAAGACUUCCUUGCACUGCAUGUAAGAACAUGAGUUUCUUGUUUACUGCUCAGUAAUAUUGGGUUUACAGCUUUCACUCAUCGAUCAAAUCAUGUGGAUGCAUGCAGACAGGAAGCAGUAAAGUACAGUAGAAAUGUUUCAUUUGCUCAGAGGUCAAAUGAAGGAACAAACAGAAGAAAAACAAAGAACUUAUACCUUAUCAGAGUAAGCACUGAUUAUUGUGCAUAGUAUGAGUUGUAAUAAAUUAAUGGGUUCUGGAAUGUAACUUAAAAUAUGUCUGCUCAUAUUGAUUUUUUAUUAAAAUAGGGUGUCCUAUAACACUACAUAGCUUUAUAAGCGGCACAAAGGUAACAUGAGAAUGUUCAUUAUACAUACAAUUUUGAAAAACACCUAAGUGACUUAGGUUUUUAGCUACUUUUCAAAGGAUUAAACUCCAAUUUCUUUUCAAAGGACAGAAUAUAGAUACACUGUAUAGUGCUUAUUCAGAAAUGAAAAAUAUAGAUUAUCUUUAUUCUGUUCCAUAAUUAAAUUGGAGCUGGUUUGCAAUGUGGAAAAAAGUCAUAAGUGUCUUUGAAAAUUUUAAAAUAUUAUUUUUUCAACUGUUUUCUCAAAGUUGCAAAUAUUUUAACUAGAUUUUUUUAAUUAAACCAUUCCCAUUUUCCAGUCUUUGUACCCCUUUUCCACAUUAUUUUCCCARUUUCCUCCUAUUUUCCGUCCUCUGCUGAAAMGCAGUUCAGGAAAAAAAUGAAUGAGGUAAAAAAUAGAACUGAAAAAUGGGUUUGGGUCAAAAACCAAAAAGUAUAACUUGAGAGGCAUGUUCAAACAGAAAUCUUUUGUUUCAGAAGCAGCUGUCAGGUCUARUGAAGCAAGUUUUGUUGAAAAUUGGGUGAGUGUGCACCAAGCCAUCCUAGGAAAAGCAAUYACUUUUUUUUUUGAGUAGCACUAAUCCCAAAAAGAGGGAUAGAUCAUCAGUCCUACUAUGUAAAAGUGUUCUGGAAGCCACUGAGUCUGUUUGAAACAGCAACAAGGAUUAAAAAGGAUUAAAAAUCCUUAGAGUACCUUAGAAAAGUGACAAUUAUUUAUGACAUUAUACAAAAAUAUAAACUGAUGUUCAGGUCAAAACUGAGCUAUGUUACAUUAAAAUUCUAAUUCUAUUAGAAUAUUCUUGAGGUAACUCUACAGAGCAUGGGGGAACACYUGUGGGUUUGUGACUGCAUGAAUUAAGAUUUAGGGCAAUGGAGGUAAGUGAAUUAAAUCUAGUGCAAUGGAGGUAAUGCUGGUAUUCACCUGCCAUGAGUUGGAUUGUCACUUUAUCACCACCUCAUGAAGGAUAGCUGGGAAAUGAGCCCUGAUCACAUCAUUUAAAUAGUCUCUAAAUCCCUUUGAUGCUGGUCAGAGCUCUUUGAAUUUMAUUGGCGUGCUCACUGCUUGCAUCAAAAAGCCUGGCAGUGCCAGCCUGCUCACGUACUGCCUUCUAGUCAAGUGCUCUCCUUACUCAAGGCCAAAAUGUAUAUUUCUGCAAUAUUUGCCCUCUGAUAACUAAAGUCCUUCUUAUGGAAAACAUCAGGAACUUUUCUCUGACCUCCAUGAGCUUGAAUUUGGCCCCAAGAGCUGGCAAAGCAUAUUGUGGAGGAAUCCUUUGGAAUCUUUUUUUGGUUUUUUUUUCCCCUGAGUAUGACUGACUUCUGAAGUGUGUAAGUGACAAACCAAAAAUCGAGUGCCAUGAAAUAGAACUACCUCCUGGAAUGACACUAGUGCAUAUUCUCUGUUUGCUGCCAUGCUCUUCCUAUUUUCCCAGCAGAUUCGCUGCAGAGUUGGUGUGAUACCAAUGUCUGUUGUGAGGAUCAUAAUUGCUUCCAGAUGGAAUAGAGUGAUUAAUAGCUAUUUAAGGGUACAAUUUGCCCUUUAAGUGGUUAGGUGCAGUGAUAAUUUAAUAGGCCCCCAUUAGGCCACAGAAAUUACAGUUACACUGUUUUCUAUUAGAAUAUUGGCAAUAAGGGAUUCCGUU